AUGGCAAAAACAGGGAGGAAGACACAGAAAAAAGUCGGCGAAGCGGAGAAAAAACAGAAGGCGAGUGAAAUAGAAGAGGGAAUGGCAGAUCAGAGUACGAAUCGUUCAGUGGGGGAUGUAGAUCUGGAAGUAAGGAUACAGGAACACCACCAUAGUGGGGGCAAGGAUGCGGUGUUGCCGGAAAAUAGUGCUAGGAGGCGGGCUUCAUGGGCUGAGGUGUUAAAUUCCAAUUUGUUUCACCUGGGUAGUAAGCCAUUAGUAAUAAAACCCUGGUCAGUUGAAAAAGGGAUAAACUAUCGGGAGAUUACUAAGGUUCCUGUGUGGGUACAAUUGAGGGGUUUGGAGUUGAAAUAUUGGAAUAUUGACACUUUAAGUAGAAUGGCUAGUACGUUGGGGCUGCCAAUUAUGACUGAUGAGCUUACUGCCAGUCGAGAUAAGGUUCAAUAUGCUAGGAUUCUGGUGGAAAUGGAAAUAAAGGAGCAGGUUCCUGAACAAAUUUGUUUUGAAGAUGAGAAAGGGAAUGUGCAGGAACAGAAAGUGACUUAUGAGUGGAAGCCAGUGCAGUGUCAAGGAUGUAAGGGAUAUGGGCACUCAGGUGAACAGUGUAGGAAUAAUCAGGUGAUGAAGCAGUCUGUAAGGAAUGGGGAAAAUAGCUUAAGGAGCUUGGAAAUGACUACUGGUAAGAUAACCAGUAAUGAGGGAGAAAAGAUGAAACAGAAAGAAGUGAUGAUCCAACAGAGGCAACAGGGGUAUAAAGAGGAGAAGAUAUACAGACCAAAUGCUACAGGGAGGAAGAAUGAGAAUGUAAUUAUGGAAAAGAAGAUAUGGAAUAGCAUGUAUGAAAGAGGCAGUACAUCAGAAAACAAGGAGAUGACGGGAAUAGAAAGUGAGGAGGUGAUCGUGCAUACUCUUGACCCUGAUCCAGGGAUCCAUGAGUAA